GUUCCUCUCACGUUGAUAACGGCGUUUUAAAACCAUACUUCAGAUAUUUUCAUCUGUUUACAUUUCCAUAGGGUAUUGCAUUUCUACGGAAGCUGCUGCUAAGUGAUAAUGCUAGUAUUUAGACAAUAUGGUUGUAAACAAUACGAUGAGGGCGCCUGAAGGUUCCGGUUGACACCCGGACACAAACAAACGUGAGCACAAACUGAAAGGAGUGGGUUUGCGGAUUUGCUGCAGAUUCACUGAGUGUCCCCGUCUCCUAUGGAUUCACUCAACACGUUUGAAUCUGAGAUGGAGGCUGAUGGGCAGGGGAGCUACUCUCUGUUUCCUGCGCUGGACAGCAUUGCAAGUCUAUCUGGGGCCGCUGAAACUCUGGAGAGCGAACCGCCCAGUGACAUUGCAGAGAAGCCAAACCUCACAUGGCUCGACGCUGCACAGAUUGUAUUGGAAGAAGCGGGACGUCCUAUGCACAUAAAGGAGAUAAAACAGAGAAUCAUCGACAGGGGACUCGUUCAAUCCAACGCAAAGUCCAGUCUGGAGGCAGUCAUGUACCGCGAGACACAAAAAGGCAGCAGGAGAUUCAAGAGGAUUGAGAACAGAAACGGAGUCUUUGCACUGCUGACGGACGAGGAGAGGCAGCAGGCUCUGCAGGCCUACACUGCACAGUCUUUCCUCGGCUCUCCGCAGCACAACACCCUCUCCAGUUCUGGAUCAGGGGCCUCGGCACACGCCUUCCCAUCCCCCACCAGUUCCCCAGAGCACAGGACCAAUAUGAAGAGGGGUCCACGGAAAAAACUAAAUGAAAAGUACCGACUCAAGUACCUCAGACUACGUAAAGCAGCCCGCGCCAUGAUAUUUGAGAAUGCAGCUCUCUGUGACGAAGUCGCCCAUUUAGAAGAGAAGUUCCUAAGAGCUAAGGAGGAGCGGAGGUUCUUACUGAAGUCAUUGCUGCAGUACCAGUCUUUGACAGAAGGAGAUAUGCUACCAACACCUAGCUCUAGUGCUCAUCCACCUGUUCCUCCUGCAGCUUCAACCUCAGGGGCUUCAGGCCUGUCUGGGGGGCAUAGCCUGGCCUCAGUGGUGUCAACAGGGGAAGAGGGAUCUCUUAAAAAACCCAAGAAGGAAAGGAAAGAGCGAGGCAAGGAAAAUGGAAAAGAGGAAUUUCCAAAGAAGAUGACUAAGAAGAGAAAGCUAGCAGACGGGUCUCGCAAACUGGUGCAGCCCAUCCAUCUGGACUCAUCUGGGCGUCCUGUCUUUCCCAUCGUAUUGGGAGGAUUAACAGUCUACAGCCUGGGAGAGAUCAUCACAGACAGAAUGCUUUUCCAUGAUGAGUGUGCCAUUUACCCGGUGGGCUUCUGCAGCACUCGAGUCUUUGCCAGCAUGAAAAACCCCGACCAGCAGUGCCUCUACACCUGCCAAAUCAAGGAUAGUGGAGCAGGUCCACAGUUUGAGAUUGUGCCUGAAGAAGAUCCUCAGAAUGCCAUCGUGGCCACCUCGGCCCUCACAUGCCACUCCAAUUUACUGAAGGUCAUCGCGUCGGUCAGUUCCAAGUCUGUGGUGCCCAUCAUGCCCUCAGGAGCUGAUUUCUUCGGCUUCUCACACCCAACCAUCCAGAAUCUCAUCCAGAGUUGUCCUGGAGCACGCAAAUGUAGCAACUACCGAUGGAUACGUUUUGAGGUGUGCCGCCCCGGUGAUGGCCAGGUUCCUCACAGCCUCUCGGAGGACGAUGCCUCCGUCAACUUCGAGGCCUACCAGAGACACCAGGGCUUUGAAGAGAGCAUCAAGACUGAGCACAUAACAGGACAGGCACCGCAGUCCCCUAGCUCCUCUCACCAGCACCACCUGACCUCCCCCACCAUCAACAUGAAGCCCUCUACCUCCUAUUUCAGCUCCUGAUCCUGGAGGGCAAGGUCAUACAUGGACGCAAUCCUUGGAAAAAGUAGUUUUUAUUUACAAAGCUAAUAUUGUUUUUUCCUCCCUUUUCCUUUAUGGUUCAAACAUGUAGGAAAGCGAGGCAUUCAGGAACUCAAGCCUUUCUUAUCUAUUGUUUUUCAUCUUCGAGCUAGUCCCAGAUAGCUGGGAACUUUACUGGGGAUGUGUGCUAGCAUAGUUGAUGCUUAUUUACUAAGUGUGUCAUGUCAUUUUUUCAAUAAUUUCCAGAAUGAACAUUUAAGACAAGUUGUGUGCUUAAAGUGCUAAUAGCCACAUUAACCCACCAUAGCUGUUAUGACAAUUUCAUUUUUGUUUGUAAAGUCGUAGUCAAAAUAAACCUCUUUUUUUUUUAUUGGGAAAUCUGCUGAAUAAAAAAAGUAUACAAGGUUUGGUAAAUGGCACACUGUUGCAUAAAUAUAUAACUGUUGGUACCCUAAA